GGGAUCACACCGCCCUCAGCAGGCUCCGCCGCCGCGAUGGCGCUGAAGAGAAUCCACAAGGAAUUGAAUGAUCUGGCACGUGAUCCUCCAGCACAGUGUUCUGCGGGGCCUGUUGGAGAUGACAUGUUCCAUUGGCAAGCUACAAUAAUGGGACCUAAUGACAGCCCAUAUCAGGGUGGGGUGUUUUUCUUGACAAUUCACUUCCCAACAGAUUACCCCUUCAAACCACCUAAGGUUGCAUUUACAACAAGAAUUUACCAUCCAAAUAUUAACAGUAAUGGCAGUAUUUGUCUUGAUAUUCUACGGUCACAGUGGUCUCCAGCAUUAACUAUUUCAAAAGUACUUUUGUCCAUCUGUUCUCUGUUGUGUGACGCAGCCCUUUCUAGGGAAUGGCCAUCAGGGGAGGGCCAUUAUGACAACAGAGGCCUUCAAGGGAAAGGAGAAACUUCACGGUGGCUCUUGGGAUAUGCUCUGGUCUAG